AUUGGAUUUUGGAAAGAGAGAUGCCACUGCUGUUAUUUCAUUGCUAUAUAGGGGCAAUCAUGUAAGCUACACCGUGAAACAUUCUCCCUGCCUCGCUGAAGGGGGGAUUUUCCUGCAACUGGGAGUUACUCUUCAAGUCCAAGACUAUGUGGUUUCAGCUCCAGUGGUGAAAUUUAGGGGCAUUCGAAGCUAUGGAUUCAUAUUGAGGACUGUUGUCGUAGCUUGUCCUAUUUCAUUUGUUCCCCAGUGGUUGGUAUGGAACUUCGUCCACGUUUUAGUUUUUUUCCAGGUGUUGUUGGCUCCGAGAAUCAUUUUGCAGGUUGCAUAAAUUUCUCCAGUGGAGAAACACUGCAGCUAUGGUAACAGAAACACGGCAUUAUUAGGGUUUUGUUCUUCUUGGCAUGUUAAUUUCCGUGCAGAAUAACUGAGUGGGAAGAGAAUUGAAAACAAUUAUAAUGGAGCCGUUAUGGAAGCUUGCAUUUUUGCUGGAGCCUGCUCCCGUCACUCUGAUUUUGACAGCAGUAGCAGUAACCUAUGGAUCAGCGUUUCGAGCUUUAAAUUACGGGAAGGAAAUGGAGCGAAACCGUGAUUUUUCGGAGGCAUCCAUCACAUUAGACAGGUCCCAAGCACUCAUGAUCCCAGUAAUGAGUUCUUGCAGCCUACUGCUUAUGUUCUACCUCUUCUCCUCUGUAUCGCAGCUGCUCACAGCCUUCACAGCCGUGGCAUCUGCCUCUUCCCUCUUCUUCUGUCUAUCUCCCUAUAUUACAUAUUUCAAAAUGCAAUUCGGGCUGGUGGAUCCUUUUAUGUCGCGUUGUUGCUCGAAGUCAUUCACUCGAUGUCAAGGGAUACUUGUGUUGGUAUGCACAGGAAUCGUUGUGGCCUGGCUUGUUUCUGGGCAUUGGGUGUUGAACAACUUGUUGGGAAUUUCAAUAUGUAUUGCAUUUGUGAGCCAUGUUCGCCUUCCAAACAUCAAAACCUGUGCAUUGCUUCUUGUUUGCUUGUUUGUGUACGAUAUAUUCUGGGUUUUCUUUUCAGAGAGAUUAUUCGGUGAGAAUGUUAUGGUCUCUGUUGCCACACAGCAAGCGUCUAAUCCUGUUCACACAGUGGCUAAUACUUUGAGCCUUCCGGGCCUGCAACUGAUAACGAAGAAACUGGAGUUGCCCGUGAAGAUUGUGUUCCCUAGGAAUUUGUUGGGUGGAGUGAUUCCUGGAGCUAAUGCAACGGACUUCAUGAUGCUUGGUCUUGGAGAUAUGGCUAUCCCUGCCAUGCUUAUUGCAUUGGUUCUCUGUUUCGAUCAUCAGAAAAGUCGGGAUUCAGCAGGCACUUUAGAUAUAUCUUCCCCAAAACGACACAAAUACAUAUGGUAUGCAAUUUCUGGAUAUGCCAUUGGACUUGUAGCCGCUUUAGCCGCCGGGAUCUUGACUCAUUUACCCCAACCCGCCCUUCUGUAUCUGGUGCCAUCAACUCUGGGACCUAUCAUUGUCCUCUCAUGGCUGAGAAAGGAAUUUGCAGAGCUAUGGGAAGGGACAACGCAAAACCACAAUGAGAAAUCUCGUUUGCCAGAGGUUUAAGUCACUUUAUCUUCAGCAUCGGCCACUGGCGUAGAUGUACUGGCAGAGCCAACCUAUACUGUAAAUUCCCAUUUGGAUAGCUCUGCCGCUGCCGGAGGAACCUUAAUAUAGCAAUAACUAGUUAAUGUUUGUCAAAUGGUAUUAGCUUUCUUAUAUUUGGCCUAACAACUUACGCUUGCCUUCAAUGGCUGUUGUAAGACAAAUAUAGGCUGUCCACCGUCUCAGUGAACUUAAUGAAGUACCUUAGAAUCAAGGUCUAUCUUUGAUGGGCAACAGAUUGAUAGUGCA